AUGAAGGAUAGCAAAGGGUGGGACGGAAAACUGAGAGUCGGUCCCCAGGCGACCAUCACGAAUCCGGAGGCAAUCGAGGACCCGGAUUACUCAGACGAGGAUGCGCCGCCGGUGGAGGAGAUCGAGGCCGACGAAGACUUGCUAGAGGAUGAGGAUAAGGAUACUGAGGAGAUCGACCUCGUCCAUUGUCGUAUUGCGUCCAUCCCUGCUUUGCAUCUAGAGCGAUUCCCUAAAGUACAGAGAAUAUGUCUGCGGCAGAAUCAAAUAUCGCGGAUCGCGUUUCCUCCUGAAAUCGCCGGGUCGCUGGUCGAGCUCGAUCUCUACGAUAACCUUAUUUCGCAUGUCAAGGGUCUGGAUGAGUUCAAGGAUCUGACUAGUCUGGACCUGAGCUUCAACAAGAUCAAGCACAUCAAGAAUAUCUCGCAUCUGGUCAAGUUGACAGACUUGUACUUUGUGCAGAACAAGAUCUCGAAGAUUGAAGGGCUGGAGGGGUUCAAGGUGCUGAGGAAUUUGGAGCUGGGGGCUAAUCGGAUCAGGGAAAUCGAGAACCUUGACUCGUUGACGUCUCUUGAGGAGCUAUGGCUUGGGAAGAAUAAGAUCACUGAGUUCAAGAAUCUGGAUGCGUUGCAGAAUCUCAAAAUCCUCUCGAUUCAGUCGAACCGACUCACUAGUCUGAACGGACUCUCCUCCCUCAAGAACCUCGAAGAACUCUACGUUUCUCACAACGCUAUUACCGAGCUCAGCGGUCUCGAAUCGAACACGAAGCUGCGCGUCCUUGACUUCUCGAAUAACCAGGUCUCCAAGCUCGAGCAUCUGUCGCAUUUGAAGAACCUAGAGGAGCUUUGGGGGUCGAACAACCAGUUGUCUAGCUUCGAUGAGGUGGAGAAGGAGCUGAAAGAUAAGGAGAAGCUACAAACGGUUUACUUUGAGGGCAACCCGUUGCAAACGAAGGGGCCCGCGGUGUACCGGAAUAAGGUGCGCUUAGCGAUACCGCAGAUUAUGCAGAUCGACGCUAGUAAGUGCAGUCUUCCAGGUUUCCCGGUGUAUGCGUAUACUGACAGUCGCAGCGUUCGUGAGAAUAGCUUAAUUACCGUACAAGAACUGGCAUGGCUGAUGAUACAAUGGCAAUCAUGGUUAAUGGAAAGCGGAUUAGAUUCCUAUCAAUCUCCUAUGUUACAUGUAGAUUAA